AUUGCUUUAAGCAAACCGCCAAAGAUUAGACAAUACAACCCACAAAAGCAAGUACCAAAAUAAGGGGUUUGAGGGUUCAACCAGAGCGCUUCUGUGAACCAUUUUUCUCCUCAUCAUACGGACGUAGGGAUGGAGAGAAGGGUUUUAAUGGUGUGUUCUGUUGUGGGUUUAUUGGGGAUUUUGUCGGCUGUCACUGGUUUUGUUGCUGAAGCUACUAGAAUCAAGGGCUCGCAGGUUCAGUUCGUUUCGACAUCUGAGUGUGCAUAUCCCCGAAGUCCUGCUAUGGGUCUCGGUUUAACGGCUGCGAUUUCUCUGUUGAUUGCUCAGCUAAUUAUAAAUGUUUCUAGUGGUUGCAUUUGUUGCAAAAGAAGUCCUAAUCCUUCCAAUCCUAAUUGGAAAAUAGCACUCCUGAGCUUUGUUAUUUCGUGGUUCAGUUUCGUCAUAGCGUUCUUGUUGUUGCUGACUGGUGCAGCCCUGAAUGACCAGCAUGGUGGAGGGACUAUGUACUUCGGUAACUACUACUAUUACUGCUACGUUGUGAAACCCGGAGUCUUUGCGGGAGGUGCCGUUCUGUCGUUUGCUAGUGUUCUAUUGGCAAUAGUCUAUUAUCUGACUUUAAAUCUAGCAAAGAACAACAGCCCUCUAUGGGGGAAUCCUGUUCCAGCUCAGGGCAUUGCUUUGGGGCAGCCUCAGUUCCCGCCACAAAAUACGCAACAACCCGUGUUCGUUCAUGAAGACGUGUAUGCACGACGACAGUAUGCGUGAUUCAUAGCCCGGUCAGGUAACCGAGCAGCAAACUUUUGUUAGUUGGUGAACGUAUGAAGAAAUGAAACACUUGGUGUGUCAAUAGGCUUAGAGAAUGGACAAGAAGGAUAAGGAAAUUUGUUGGUGUUGUUUUUGCUUUGUUUCUGUAUCCAAUUAGGUUAUUAGGUGAGAGAGGCUGGCUGUAUAGUAAGAUUUAUCAAACAAAAGUAAAAGUAAGGCUUUCAUGGAUUUUGGGUUAGAUUUUAUGUCAUUCUUUGAAUCAUACUCUUUGAAUCAUA